GGGCUCCCCCCCGGAAGUCCCUCUCAGCCGCUGUCUGCUGCUUAUCAAGUGCUUCCGGAAGCUCAGACGGGGUCGCGAGUCAUGUGACGGCGGCUGGCCGAGGAAGCUGUUUGAAGCUGCUGCUGAAGGACUGUGAAAGACACUCGGAUAGCCGAGAAGAGCAGGAGCGGAGGUCGGAACAGCGCGGCAUGGCGGACGACCUAAAGCGAUUCCUGUAUAAGAAGUUACCAAGUGUUGAAGGACUCCAUGCUAUUGUUGUAUCAGAUAGAGAUGGAGUACCUGUUAUUAAAGUGGCCAAUGACAGUGCCCCAGAGCAUGCUUUGAGGCCCGGCUUCUUGUCUACUUUUGCCCUGGCAACAGACCAAGGGAGCAAACUGGGACUUUCAAAAAAUAAAAGCAUCAUCUGCUACUACAAUACCUACCAGGUGGUUCAGUUCAAUCGUUUGCCUUUGGUGGUGAGCUUCAUAGCCAGCAGCAAUGCCAAUACAGGACUGAUUGUCAGCCUAGAAAAGGAACUUGCUCCAUUAUUUGAAGAACUGAUAAAAGUUGUCGAAGUUUCUUAAUCUAACUGUGGUUUCGAUCUGUACCUUGUUCUCAUUAUAACACAGUAUCAAUCCAGCAGUCUUUAGACCACAGUAGUCCUUCUACCCAGGUACUCAAGAAAAAGGCCCUCUUUUCCACCUCCUGCUAAAGAAAGAGCCUACAGGUGGGUGGCUGCAUUUUCUUGUAUAAGCCCUUUUCUUGUUUAGUGAGAUCUGGGGUAACCACGGAAGUGGUUCAGUCUACACAGCUCCCAUGGAGUUAGUCCUUCCUCCAGGUUUGGAUGAGAAUCUACUCGUGGAUCAGAAUCACAGUGGCAUGUGAUUCACUUGAGUCACUGUGCUUGCUUUGUACAGUGCUCGCAGGCCUUUGCAUGGUGAGAGUAAUGAGGACAUAUUUUUCUUCAGAUUAUGCUUUAUUUCUUUGGAUUGAGUGUAAGGAAGAUAAAAUGGCUUAGUAAAAUUAAUAAAAUCAGUACAAUCACUAA